AUGCCGUCCUCACCACGCACGCCGCGACACUCGCGCAACUCGUCGGCCAUCGACAGUAUUCAGGCGUCUCCGCAGGCGCGACGCCUCUCCAAGUCCUCCAUGCAAGAUGAAAGCAGCAUCAUCCACCAGGACUCGCUAGAGCUUCAUAUGCUUGGCGGUGUCACUGCUUCAGGUAAUGGCAUGGGGAACCUGGCGGACGAACUUGCCGAUGCGUUUACCGACUCCGAAGACGGAGAGGACGAUGAAGCCGGAAACGACGAGAAGGAGGGGCUGCCGCGUCAUGGAGAGACGGGCGAGAACACUGAUGGUCAACCCAAUCCGGUCGAUGCUGCAGCGACGGAACGACCCAAAGGCACGACCACAGGCGGCAGCUCGGUAGGUGAUGGUGGCGCGCAAGGCAAGGACGGCACACUUGGCAUACCCUCACCCUACAAACGGGUCCACCAGCGAAAGGGAAGCGAGUACGACGGCAGUGAAUAUGGUUCAGAAUCUGAUCUGGACGCCGCCGGGAUGCCGCCUACGUUGAUAGCCAAGAUCGACGCCGUAGAAUCUCUGGCUAGGCGCGGAACGGGGAGCUUCGGUGGGCCUGCAGACGACGUGUUACAACGAGUCACGGAUGGCCUGCGGGACCUAGGAUCGCAAUCGACGGUGGAGGGGAGUGCCUCGAGGCUGAUAACAGCCCAUACGGCGCUGACUACACACCUUGCCCACCAGACGCGACAGCUUCACAGCCUUACGUACCCGUUGCUGUCGCCUUUGGCGCCUCCGCCAGACGCUGACACCGUAGAUGAUGUCGUUCCACUGCUACUAUCUCUGUCAGACGCCAUGCCCCGACCAUCAACAUCAGCGUUCAACUCGCUCGCAGCGCUUCACUCCGUCACAGCAGAGUUGAUACAGACACUGAGUUAUCUCUCGGACACACUGCACAUGUCGCGCCAAACCACUUCGACUGCGACGCGGAAACUCAAGAGCGCCAAGGAACUGGUGGCCGAGAUGCGACGAGAAGACGAGCUGCGAGAGGAGGGCGAGCUGUGGCUCAGCCGGGGCAACUGGGGGGAGAGGCUACAGAAGAGAGAAUGCGCUGGAGUGUGCGGCGAGGUCAUUGGGGGCUUUGAAGACGUCUGCAACGGCUGGCGACAGCGACUCUUGGCGCAAGCCGAACCAAAGGCGUGA